GGUACGUCCCACUCCCUGCCGUUAGCCGUUGUUGUACCCUAUGCUACCGAGCAGAGAUGUUGCGUUACUAACUAGCUUCACAUUGGCAUUUUUUUAGCAUCGAAAAGAUGCCCCUUCACGGGAUUGAAACCAGAAAAGAAAUAGCGAAAAGUCGAGAAAAACUUUGCCAAACUAUGUCCAAACUUUAAUAGACGAAAUCCCCCCCCAAACUUCCCUUCAGUUUCGAGUGUGUUAGCAUUGUUUUAUCUCCCCACUCUUACUGGACGCGUUUUUCGUCUUCUUCUGGAGGAGUCCAGUCUGAUGAAUUCGCCGAAAAAAGACGGAGAAGAUGAUGUGCCCGUUAAAGACCCGGUAAAAUACGGCGAAUUGGUCAUUUUAGGGUAAGUAAUGUAAACCCUAUACCGAUUUAGAAAUUGUGUGGGACGUGUUUAACCCUCCAGCGGCUUAUUACUGUGUAAUGUGUAGCGGCACCAUCAGCAGCACAAUAAACCAGCAGAUGCCGAGUGUGGUUAGCACUAAUCCACUCCUCUUAUCAAACAUAUACUCUUCAUUUACAUUUAAACACGUACUGGCUGCAUUUAUAACCCAUUUUCUAUUCAUAUUGUGCAUUACAUUCCUAUUCCACCAGUCUAUAGCUGUGUAUUAACAUCAUGAACUAACUUUAUGUUGCAGAUGAAAGCAUAUUCUCUAAUACUGUGACACAUUUGCUCAUAAUGCAUCAUGAAUUUGGGUGUUAAAUGGGCUUAACUGUGCUUUGACCAUAGUGCCCAUGGUUACUACGGAUCUAGCCGCUUUUCAUCAAUGGUUGUAGUGAGGGGUAAGCAGCGCUGGGUUUGCUCAGGCUGAAAAUCCCAAUGAUGUCAUACUAUGCUGGAGCUGUGAUUGCUAAAAAAGUAGCACAGAGGGUGAUAUCAUUGUCUGAAAAAUACAUGUAACCUUGCCCGUUUUAUUUAGUGGUAAAGCAUUGGUAUAUGCAAUUAAUAUACGUCGCAGCCAGAUGACCAUCCACGCCAGAAAAGGAGGAGGAGGAGGAGGAUGAGGAGGAGGAGAAAAGCCCCCUACUACAUCACCAGCACAUACACUCAAGCACAUAGUCGGCAGGAUGUGCUGAUGACAGCCACCAGCUUCCACAGCAUUUCCACCCCUGCAGCUCCACACUGUGCAGGGUCUGCGGGGACCAGAAAUGCCACAGCACACACAUAUACACACACACACACAAUUACACAGUCAGACACAGUCAUAUCCAGGCUCACACAGGCCUCCCUGUUUCCCCGCUGAGCUUCCUGUGUAUGCCAAAGAUAACUGACCUAAUGGCCUAUCUCUUCCCCUCCGGCUGAACAUGGAGAGAGGAGACUGUGGGCCACGGGCAUCAGAAUACUGAUUAGCGUCCUCUUCAUCGUCAGACUGUUUGAACAGAGCGGUCCUUUACGUUCUCAGUUCAGAGGAAGGGAAGUGAUGAUUUAAUGCGCAGUUUGAGGUUUUGGACAUGCUACUUAAAACACGCAACUGCUCUGCGGUGUGCGUCACGAUUCAUGAUGUGGUUAAGUGAGGGCUGAAAAUGCAUUUGUAUUAGCUUACUUUUAAACUGUUGUGAUUGAGGUUAGCUCUGAGGUUUAUGGCCACAGGUUUGCAGACAGAUAGAUCUAAGUAAUGGGGUAUAAAGAUAGGACCAUCUUUAUGGCUGUUUACAACAUGUUUGAAAUGUCAAAAUGUGAUUGUAUGGGUUCAGUGGUCAUUGUAAUCUGUCAUCUGUCUCCCAACAAACAGUAGGUAACUCUCACAGAUGAUCCAAACUGUCAGAACAGGCUGUUCCGUCUGCUGCAGCAUCUUACGUUUUAUAUAUUUCUCUUUCUCUACGUGCGAAAUGUUUAAAGUUUGCAUCUUUUAGCCGUGAUGAUCACAUGCCCUACGUGGUCGAUGUCUGCCUCCCUGCAGGCCAUGUGAUCUUUGCAGAGGCUGCCUGACUGCCAUCGCUCAUUGUCCUGACUUAGCCUGGACACCAUGUAACACAGCAGGACUCGCUCAGAACCCGCUGCCAUCACUAUAAAAACACCCUCUCUCGGUCUCUGUAUUUAUCUCCCCCACGCCUCUUUUUUUAUCUCACCCGUAACACCAUCUCUGUCGCAUUCCUCUGUCUCACCCGCUCUGUGUUCCAGUGUUUUGCUGAGUGCUGACUUUCACAGAGCCAGGCCUCCUCUGUGGCUGACCUCAACGAAAAUAAACCCAGUGUCGAGGGGCAGAAGGAGUGAAUAUUUCAUAUUGUGCUUUAUGAUGUAUGCACAUGCGUGUUGCAAGCCAGAACGGACUUAGCAAACUGCACAUUGUGGUGCUGCUCAUCCUCCAGACCUCUUCCCCGGACCCUGAGUGUAUCUGUCUCCCUGCUGUCCUCCUUCACCCAGCCCUUUGCAUCAUUUUGUUCUCCACCUUCUCUUGGCUCUCUCCUCCCAUAAGCUGAUUUUUUUCCCUCCUGUGCCCUCUCAUCCUCGCUCCCAUUUCACAUCUUUUGCCUUUUAAGCAGAGCCUGCAGGAGCCAGUCCUCAUGUGUCUUCUUUUCCCUGACCCAGUACUCCUCCUGUCAGACAGGGGUCCAGUUUGAGCUGACAGGCAGGGCCACACAGGGAGCAGGUAGCACUGAGUCAUCCUCUGUGAUUGCACUCAACUUUUAUUAAAUAUCACAUCCAUAUUUCCUUGGUUUGAAGGGUUUUUCCAAGAACCAGACUUGAUCUUCUCUCCAACAUCCUGCUGACUGCCUGGUCUGAUCUUGCUGGAGGGUUUUUCCCCAUGGAAAAUAGUCUGUGGUCCUGAGAUUUAUGGAAAUAUGGGUCAUUAAAAUGCAUUGUGUCAACAAACCUAGCUUAGCAUGAAACAGAUUCCACCAACAUUCACAAUAAGAUAAUGUGAGGUGAUUUAAAGGGAAAAAAAAGUCUAACGUUGGUAGUGAGUGAAUUAAGUUUGUCUUCAGACUCAGGUCAGAGAUGUUGAUGAUUAGCUGGAUCUCUCUCUUAAUUCCCAGCCAUCUGUUCAGUGUGUGUCUUAUCCAAUUUGACUCGUAAACAAGCUAUUUUUUUUCCGGCACAGAUUUCAGUGAAGGAACAUUUGAAACAAACAGUAAAAUUAAACAUUUGGGAGCAUGUGUUUGUAGAGUUGCUAUGUGCACCCUGAUCAUUGUCUUUUAAUGUGAUUCUUACUAUAUUUGGUGAUUGUUUGGGUGAGCCCCAGUAUUUGUUUAAGGCAGAUAUGAUCUUAGUAGAUCAGGCCCUAUGUAUUUGGCACCAAUAUGACUUUCAGGUUGGGACCUGUGCCUUUAGUUGACCAAACACUGUUAACAUUACCAGUCAGCACUUGAACAACUCGUCAGUUAAACAAUUACUAUUUGAAUAUUGUGCCAGUCUUAGCUACAGUGCAGUUACUCCCUCCUGGUUGUGGUUGUAGCUCUGGUUAAUGGCUACUACCAUACUGCUGUAAUUCUCUGCUGCUGCUGCUGCUAAACAGGCUCAGUUGACGGAUGGCCCCCCACCGAGCGGCCCAGUUUGGCAGCAUUUUGAUGUGGCACAUGGAAAUCAAGUUAUGUUGGCCAAUUUAGCAUAACCAGUAUAAGAAUGUGUGUGUUAACUUGGACGGCUGGUAGUGCUACCUCUGCUGGUGUUAGCCACACUUCACAAACCAAUUUGACUUGGUUGACCUGCAAACUCUGACCCCUUGUUGAGCCACGUAAAAAAGUUAAAAAAAAGGGCUCAAUUUUAACCCUUUUCUGAGUGUUUUCUUACUUUUUAGAUAAGUUGGUCAGUCAGAAUGUUAAUUUCUGUCUAAAUGACUAUAAAUCUAGUUGCUUUAGAACAGCAAAGGUCUGUGACAACAUUCACAGGUGAACCCAUACGUGUACAAAAUGUCAGAAAAGAGACAAAAUCAAAAGUUUAUUGGUCAUUUUUUGCCAUUAUCAGAUAAAGACAAACAGGAAAUGUGAGAGACUGGGAGAAGACAUGCAGUGCAAAGAGUCAGGAAAUGCCCAGGAGAUGAAUCAGUGACCAGUGUAUAUAAAGCACGCUGAGACGACUACACAAGACAGCGCCCUGAAAUUUUUUUGGUUCCGCCAACCCUGAGAUAUUCAGUUUGGAUUUAAACAGAUAAGUGGUAAACAGUGAUAUCAAAUUAGUAUAAUAUCUCUGAGUUAUUGCAAUUUAGUUUAACACUAAAAACAAGUUUUGUUUUUUGAGUACAGAUGCUGCUAAAACAUGACUGUUGCUAAGAAUGUUUUUUCUCCUUGUCUGCUGAUGUUUUUGUCUGGUUGACAGUAAAAAUGUGAGAAAUAUCCACUAUAAAUCAGCUGAGCCAAGUGAUGCUUUACCUUUAUUGUAAAGCAGCAAAAAGUACAGAGUAUCCACUGUUUAAUGAUGUAAAAUGAAGAAAUACCAGCACGUUUUAUGAGCAGCAGAUUAUUGGCUUUUUCAUUUGAUAAAAUAUGAAUAAAUCCAUUUUUAAAAUUGAUAUUGAUUGCUUUGUAAAAGACUACUUACUAAAUUAACUAGAGCCUAGGGUUUAAAGCAGAAAAUGUCUGAGCAGACUGUGGUGUCCUCAUCCUAGGAUGCAGUCAGACCACCAUGAAAGACCAGAGCUAAGCCAGACGUCCUCUGAUUUGAUCACUUCAGACCAGCACAGACUCUCAUUGUCCUUCUGCCUGUUGGCUACGUGCUAAUAAUGACCAUUUCCUGUUUGGUUAAGAUCAUAAAACUAGCACAGCACGUCUAUAUGGCUUUAAAACAUGGCUGUAAAACAUAUGAGAACAGAGCCAGUUUUAGAAAGCAUUAGAAAGAUCUAAAAAUCAUGACUCACUGACUUUAUUAAAACAUGAAAACAGAGAUGGUCUUCAAAAAAAGGUUGAUAUUAAAUUAUGAAUCAUUCUGGAUCCAGAAUACAUUAGUUUCCAUCCUUUCGGGAAGAAUUUGAAUCUUGAUGUCUGUUUCUAGUAAUGAACACAUCAAAGCAUUUCCGAUCCUAGCUGGAGCACCUAUUCAAGGUUAUAUGGUUAAUAAUAUUGUGUGAUUGUGUCGGAAUAAUGAUCCUGGCCUUCCGCAGAGGAGGUUAGAUGAGGAGCGAGCUUCUCUUCAGAGGCAUUGAGCCUCAUCAACACGCUGAGAGAGUGAGGUCAAGUGGUUGUUGUCCUUUUGGUUUAUCUUGGGUGUAGCAGUUUAAUGUGAAUCACGAGUGGCCCACCUGUGCCACUUGGAUUUAUAUCAAAGAGUGUGCCGUGCUGCAACUGCAAAGAUGCAUGAAAUCAGUCAUGAACUGAGGAGACCUGUUAGGAAGGGAAAUGUUGUUUAAUUCUCAACAGAUAUAAGGUUUCAGCUGCUCCAAAGCUUGCAUCCCUUAUCAUCGUAUUUAUUUCAGGCCUCAGGACAAUUUUACAUUGAAGACAACUAUUUUAAAUUUACCUCAUGUUCAAAUUCAGUCCAUCAUAGAACAGUGAACAGUGAAUUAUAAGAGAAUCAGUUCCUAAAUGAGCGUUGUUUUACCAAAGGUGCUUUUUUUUACUGCAGAAUUUCCCACCUAACCAGGGACCUUUCCUUUCAGCUAUGUGCUAUUUUACCAGAAGGAACUAGGGUCUAAAUUUAGUUCUGAGGUAGAAGGGACUUUUCACUUCUUAAAAAAGUCCCUGCUGAGGGGGCAGCGCUUUUUAAUGUCCCAGGGACUUUGGAAGGCAGGGCGUGAUGGUUUUAUUUACAUGUGGAUUACUGGCAUUUACAGACACAAACUAUGCAGAGAUUCUGUAUUAUAUCCUACAUGUCUUAAUGUCACCUGAUCAGUAAAACUACAUGAAUCUUUGACUCUGUUUACGUCCCUUUUUUUUCUCAAUUUCAGAGAUGUUUUGUGUGUUUUCACAGUUUCAGUAGUUAGUCUUACAAGGAAACUGUUUGGUUUACAAUAUGAGCUGGUAAACAAUUAAAACACAGACCCCAGCUGAGCAGAGAAAGUUAAACAAGUAGAGGUACCAAGGGGCAACAGAACAAGAGUAAACAUUUCCAGUAAAUAACCUGGUGUUAUUUAAUCAACGCAGCUUACCGGCUGCUAUCAAUGUGAUUUCUGACUCUUUGUGUGAAAAAAUUCAGCACAGACUUCAAUAGAGAGCUGUGAAUGUAACAGACAGAAGUGGGUUACAGGAACCAUGUAGUUCCUUAAAGUGAAGUCCCCAGAGCUAAAUGCUCUGGCUGCUUUUGUUCAAGUAAAAGUACUGUGAGUCAUUUUACUAACCUGAUACAAGUUAACCCAACAAGUACAUAGUUCCCUCAAGUGUCAACAUUGACAUUUUUCAUUUUACACAUUUGAUGUUCUGUCUUUGCACUUUUUUUAAAUUCAGCGUCUUGUUUUAUAUCAUUUUCAUCAAAAAAAUUUUUUAUCCACAUCUUACACAUCCUCCCAACUUCGGUAUUUGGCCUGUGUAACCAUUGAAUGCUGGGUACUGAUUGCACCACGACUGUUUCUCAAGAAAGCAACAAACUGUAACUAUGAUGUGAACAUGUGUUGUGGUAUCCGAGCUGUAUUCAAGUUUAAUCUAGGUCACUCUGUGCUCAUGUUUUUAACCCUGUGCGGUCCUUUAGGUACAAUGGCUCUCUUCCAACCGGAGACCGUGGGCGUAGGAAGAGUCGCUUUGCUCUGUACCGACGAGCCAAGGCCAAUGGCGUCAAACCCAGUGCAGUGCACAUCCUCAACACCCCACAGGACAGCAAGGUACAUGUGUGAGAGUUUUUUUUCUAUAUCAGUGUGUUUUAUUGGUUUCCUUUCUGUGGCUUCCUGUUCUUAUUUUAAAGGAGGCAGAGGAAGGAUGAGUAAGCAUGACGCAUUUAAAUGUACAUGUGAAUACUUCCGUAAAAAGAUGCACGGUGCUUUUCUAUUACAAUAUUCAUGUAGCUGGAUUUUAUAAGCUUUUUUGGGAUGUAGUGAAUCAUUUCCAAGACUUUUCCAGAAGAUGAAUGAAUCACCUGCGCUUGUUCCUGUGGUUGUCGUUGCAGGCUGUCCACAGCAGGGGGCAGCACAGCAUCUCUUUCACUCUGUCCCGGAACCAAACAGUGGUGGUGGAGUACUGCCAUGACAACAACACAGAUAUGUUCCAGGUACAGUCCCACGCCAGCAAACACAGUCAGAAGCCCUCUGUCUGUAACGGCUCACUUGUCAAAGAAAACAAUGCUAGUUUGGACACGAUGAGCCAGUUUCACCCGAAAUAUGCCGUUAUGUAAUUCCAUCGAAGGAGUUAGGUUAUUUCGGUUCAAAAACAGGAGCAUUAAGACUGAAGACGGAGGUGGAAAAUCUCCAAGAACGUCUAUUUUUAUCCACUAAAAGAUUCGGUCUUAUUAUAGUCCACAGAUGAGUAUUAUUUCCACUGGAUGAUGAAGUCUGGCACCACAGUCAUGAGGGAAAACAAGUCUUGAUCCUGUCGAAAAUCCAACAGCCUGCAUGAAACUAGUGUGAAGCUGAAACUAUCAAUAACCACGGAGCUCUUCAUAGAUUUUCUUUGUGCUGUACUCCGCAGAUUGGACGCUCCACAGAAAGCCCCAUUGACUUUGUGGUAACAGACACCUCUGGAGGGGGGAAGGAGGGAGAGGACCCCUCUAUCGCACCCAGCACCAUCUCACGUUUUGCCUGUAGAAUCGUGUGUGAGCGUAACCCACCUUACACUGCGCGCAUCUACGCCGCCGGCUUUGACUCAUCCAAAAAUAUCUUCCUGGGGGUGAGUAGAACAAUGAUCCAGAGAUUUCAGAACAAAGGUACGACCAAAUGAAAAACUCGUUUAAAUGCUGUCAUGAUAUCUCAGGAAAAAGCGACCAAAUGGAAAAACCCUGAUGGACAUAUGGAUGGCCUGACUACCAAUGGCGUGCUUGUGAUGCAUCCAGAGGGGUUCCCAGAAGACCCCAAGCAGGGUCUGUGGAGGGAGAUCUCUGUGUGUGGAGACGUCUAUGCCCUGCGGGAGACUCGCUCUGGACCCAGCCGGGGCAAACUGGUGAGUUUCGACCACAUCUGCUCAUCAAGGUUGGGAAAUAUGGGUUUGUGGUUCGAUGUUAAGCAUGCGUCUGUCCUCUGCAGGCGGAGGGUGAGAGCAGCGCAUUGCGUGACGGUUCUCUGGUCGACCUGUGCGGUGCCACCCUGCUGUGGCGUACAGGUGAGGGACUGAUGCGUGCUCCCACCUUGCGUCACCUGGAAGCACUACGCCAGGAGCUGAACGCAUCCCGACCUCAGUGUCCUGUAGGCCUCAGCACUCUGGCCUUCCCCAGCCUGCCACGUAGCCACAGGUGUGUUAUCUCUGUCUGUCUCAAACAUAUUCCCCUUCAUACUCUCGUAGAAACACUGACGGUCUCUUGAUAUGUUUUGACUCAGUCUUGAGGAGCGUCAGCCCUGGGUCUACCUCGCUUGCGGCCAUGUCCACGGACGUCACGACUGGGGCCAAAGAUCCGAGGGGGAGGAGCUGCCAGGAGAGGGUGAGGGAUCCACCACACGCAGAGAAUGUCCCCUGUGCAGGAGCGUGGGUCCUUACGUGCCGCUCUGGCUGGGCUGCGAGCCUGCGGUGUACGUGGACGCUGGAGCACCCACCCACGGCUUUGUGCCGUGCGGCCACGUCUCCUCAGAGAGGACAGCCAGGUACUGGGCCGAGACCCCGCUCCCCCACGGGACGCACGCCUUCAGACCCAUCUGCCCCUUCUGCUCCACUGCCCUCAGCACCCCCGGCUGGACGCGGCUCAUCUUCCAGGGCCCGAUUGACUAGUCACCACUUUCUGAGCAACCACUCUCACUUUCACAGUAACAGAAACCUGAGCUCUGUUCACGAUCAGACGUUGACCAGUGUUCAGUUUAAGGAACAACAAACACUCUUCAAUGCUGUUCCUGAAUGCAGCUCAGGCCUUAAGACUCCCUCUCCUUAUUUAUCCUCCCGGGCUUGUUGAUCACGUUGGAUCAUAGAGGAUUGGUGAAAAAAAAGUGGCAUUAAUUUUCUCUAAACUCCGUCUUUGUCUAGCCUGUCGUUGUGGAGAAAUCUGCUGUUUUCAUUCCAACCAAACAUAACACGAGCUUCUUCACUCAUGACCAACCCUCAACAAAAGACGGCUCCCAAAGAUGUGAACGCAGGAGCUGAAACGAUGCUGCUUUUCAAACAGUUAUUUUCACAUUGUGAUCUAAAGACCCAACCCUACACAGAUCUACCCUUCCACAUUCAAGGAGAACGAUCCAAAUACUGUCUGUUUCAGAAGCCAUGUAUGAAAUAACAAGUAGCUUUUUUGCACAUGAGAAAAGAAUGGCCUUUUUCUUAGCUGAUCCGCAGCAUCUGUCUGCUCUUUACUCAGUGAAACGCCACCGCUUGCACUACUCGGCCUGAUAUCCGACCACCUCCUUAAUUUUUACUGUAAUUACUGCUAAAUGCUGCAAAUCAUCAAUAAUUUCCCUUAAAUCACCUUCAUUUUGGACUCACUCGUAGACUUCUCACUGGUUUCCCAAGUUUCCUUCAUGAAUGACCAGCUGAUUUAUUCUCAGUCAACUUUAGGUAGAUGUGUGAGGUUAGAAGUUUAAAUAAGGUCGCUUUCACACCAGAGCUGUUUGGUCCACUUUAAACGGACCAGAGUUCGUUUCCUCGGAUAGUCUGCUUCAUUUGGGCAGGUGUGAAAGCUCAUCCGAACUCUGGUGCGGACCAAACAAGCGUACUCUAGUCCGCCUGAAAAUGUGGCUCUCGGUUCGCUUGCAAGUGAAUCCUGGUUCGGUUCGUAUGCAGUGUGAAAGCUCACCGGACCAAACACAGGACCAAAUAUACGUAAUGACGCUAUACGCAGUGCAUAUGCAGUGCAUCUUGGGUAGAGGAAGCGUGGACUGACAUUAGCAGUUGCGAGGUAGCUUAGCUCAAUUGUCUGAACGACAAUAACCCAUAAAUUCACAAUUUUGCAUAUUUAAACAAAAUCAAAUCACAGCUACCAACAGUCACAGUCCUUAAACCCUGAGCUCAUAUGUUGUCACGUUAGAUCGUCAAAGUUAGAAAAAUAACAGGAUCAAUCCCUGACAAGCUACGAUAGCAUUAUAGGAACAGUUGCGUUCACUAAGAUUGUAGCAUUCCAUAAAAUAAUGUGACGAAGCACGAUACAAGACGGUUACAAACCCGUUUGUAAUGCGUGAGGUUUACGUGAUGCUGCUCGGAAAGUUCGGCGCGCUUUAGAAAUCAGUGUGAAAGCAAAAUCGAAACAAGUGAUAAAUGCAACAAUGUUGCGACUUUCAGCUCCCCAAUCGAACCGAGUCCGCUUGGUCAGGUGUGAAAGCGACCUCAGAGACGUCUUUGUUAGGACUCACAGAGGAAAUAUCAUCCUAGUCAUCCACACAGUUUAAUCAUCCUCAUGCAUCCCUCUUGUAUGAAAACUAUGCAGAGAGGCCCCCAUACAUGAGACCCCUUGUGUAGUAAAAGGUUGGAAUGAAAGCCUGCAGACUGUUUGAUUAUCUCCACAUUGCCGGAGGGAACUCUCCACGCUGUAAGAUCACACCACAAAGACAUCACCUGUUGAGCCCAGAUCUUAUCCUGAUCAUCAAGCAGAGCGAGGAUAAGUCGGAACGGGAGAUGAAACCGGGUACAAAUCCACUAUACAACUCUCUACAGCAAUAAGAGCACUCUCAUAGAUAAGCUAGAUGUUGUGCUAUGUUUAGCCAAGUGUUUAAGUCGGUGGUCGCUUCAAACAUGGGUGAAUGGUUUCAGGUUAAGGGCUUAACCAGAGGUGUGUUCAGUAUUACGGUUUGUGAUUAAAGUGUGUGUGUAAACCAAAGCACUAGAAUAUAAAGACGAGCAAUUAAAAAUCAUAGUGUUUAUUUAAAUACUCCUUUCAGAUGCAUUAGUGAGCUGAACAUGCUAGCAGAAAUCAGCAUUGUGUGAAUUCAUGUGUGAACACACUUCUGGUUAGUGAAUUAUGCUAAACAGGGUCCAUGUCAAUAUGAUGGAGUGUAAAAGGUUUGAACUUGUGUAACCUCAAAAGAGAACCUUUUUGUUGUUUUAAAGAGAAAUAUUUUGUUAGGAAAUGGGGGGGAUGGGGAGGGAUUCAGGGGGGAGGGAGCGGGAGGACUUCUUUUAGGUGUUCAGUGUUUAAAAAAAACUAUUUUUCUAACUGAUAAUUGGUUUUAGUUAACCAUUGUUACUCAGUGUAAGCAAGUUCUGUAUGUUUCUGAGUAUUCUCGUGUGGUAGGUGUAGGAGAGCUUGUGAGUGAGAAAACAUUGCCAACACUGUGUCCAACAAACACACACUCAACACACUGCUACCGUAAAACAUUGCCCAGACAAUGAAUGUAGCCAAAUACUCAGGCUAUAUUUAGCCUUCCCUGGUGCUCAUAUUGAAUGGUCUAUAUUGUGAUACUAUUUUUGUAACUGAAUAUUAUGGUGUAGCUUGGUGAUCUAGCUCAGAAAAAAAGUCAGAUAAUUCCAAUAAUAGCCUCAAUUAUGGAAGACGUAUAACUGAUAAUACACGCUCACAUGGAAAUUGUGUCUAGCUUGCAUGAACGUACACAUACAGUAUGUACACUACACGUACACGUACUCGAAAACUUUGCACGGUUGAUCGCCAACCUGGUAUUCAUGCCGAAAGCGUUUGUCGCAGACUAAGAUGUCUUCCGAGUCCUCGGUUUUUUCAAAAUGCAGCGUUUCUGUUCGGUUUGGUUGUUUUAUUUUGUCUGGAAGACGUCUCUUGAAAAACAAAAAACAAAAAAAAGAAAGAGCAAGCAAUCUAAAAAAAAAAAAUCCUCAUACUUGAUGGAUGUGUGACAUUUGUGAAUGAGACCUGUUGAAUCCCACUUUGUACUACUAUGCUAAGACUUUCCACCAAAUUCACUGCAAAGAUGUCCACUCGAGCACUCGUUUUCAGUUUGUAUUUAGGCAGAUAAUAGAUCCUUUCACACUCAUUAGAAGUCAGCCUUCUGUUUCCAAAACGCAUCUUUGUGUCUAUUUGAGGUCUAAAUACAAGAUGGAAACUCCCUGCGGUGCGGUGGAUAAUGAAUGCAGUGUUGAUAAUUACUGUAGCUCAGGAUUAGGGAUUUCAGUCACAGCUGGUGAAGCCUGAAAACGCCUGGUAGAGGACGGUUUCACUCUUCAAGUGUCUCUGAUGCAGAACCAAACUGUAAACGUGAGGCAACGAUCUAAAGUAUGUCAGGCGCAGACGUCCAGGAUCUGCGAAGGAGGCCUUGUGAAUCAGACAGGCGGUGAAAACAUCUCGAUCAGCUGCCCUUUAGUGAGCACACCAAAUACAACGACUCCUGCUUUUGAGAUGAUAUUUACUGACUAAAGUAACACCAUUGGCAUGUGGAUGGAAGAAAUGUUGCGGCACCAUCAUUGGCUUCUAGUCGAAGACCUUUCACAUUUAUUUGACCUUCUUUACUUUCCUUCUUCUUUGUUUCAUAUUCGUUUGAAUCCUCUUUGGGAUAUAGGUAUCCAUAUGCAAUAUCCUUUUCUUUAAUUUUUUUUUAGAUCGUAGAAUUUUUCAGAUACAGUAUUUUAGUGUGGCAUCAGGCUGUUUAAAACCACCAGUAACCAUCAGUAGCUCUUCCGUAACUCUGUUUUUAACGUUUGUAUCAAUUAACCUUCAAUCCAGAUGGCGAAACCUCAAACUUAUGAACUCCUCUUAUUACAGGUGAGUGAGUAGCUGACACCUGCUCUACAGCAUAACAACCUCACAGUUAUUAAUGCAUUCCUUUACAUACAUCUGUGUCAUGUACAGCUGUUUUGUAUUAUUUUAUAUCAUAUUCUCCUGUAUUUGUCCGGUGCACAGACAAUCGCUAUACACAUGUCAAUAAACCUGUUUAAAAAUGAA